AGCCAAGCCCUUCCUGGCAAGAUGAGUCCCACCAGCUUCUUCCUCCUUACAUUGCUCCUCGUUCUGGUGACAGAAGCAAGGGGAGCCCGUGAAAGGUUCUCUCAGUCGGCGGAAGACCCUUCUAGUAGUCACAUGGGUAUAAAGAUUCGGGCGGGAGGCAGUGGAUCAGGUUCUGCCAUGGAGGAAUACAGCGUAAGUGAGAACUCUUGGAGUAACUUUAAAUCAAAGCAUCCGAGCAGCAUCAGCAGCGAAAGCUUCCACGAGGAAAGCAGUAGCAGCAGCGAAAUGAGUAGUUCCGGCGGCCAUUUUGGUCUCAAAAUGAGAGGAUCUCAAGCAGGAGGAGGAAUGAGUUCCUUUAAAACCAGGGUCAAGAGCCGGAUACUCAAAUAACGUGUUCCCUGGCCAUCUGAAGACUAGAGCCAGUAUGCAGGUGUCACUGAACUGAGAGAAGCCGGUGAUGUCUUCAGGAUUCAAGUUUCCAUGGGGCCUAGAAACAGUCCGGGGCCUCUCACUUCCUCCUCGUGUUUGUUUUCUUAAAGAUCCCUAAACCUGACAAUAUUCAAAUUCCAUCUUUUCAAUAAAAAGAUACUAUUCUGCAUCA